UCCCCGCGCUCAUUCUGCAGUCAUGGCUCCGAGGUCCGCGCUGCUCCUGCUCUGCUGCUGCUGGGCCGCGGCCGCCGACCUCCACACCGUCUACUGGAACAGCACCAACCGCAGCUUCUGGAAGGACUUCACUGUCCAGGUUCAGCUCAAAGACCACCUGGAGAUCAUGUGUCCCCAUUACGAAGACGACAGAGUGUCGGACACCACCGUCGUGGAGAGAUACACGCUCUUCCAGGUGGAGCACAGUGAAUAUGUCGCCUGCAAACCCACCUCUGAUAACCAGAUCCGCUGGCAAUGCAACAACCCCUACCGAGUGAGCGGCCCCGAAAUUUACCGGGUGAGGAUCCAGAAGUUCACAGCCAGCAGUCUGGGAAACGAGUUCAAGGAGGGGCACACCUACUACUACAUCUCUAAACCCAUCCACCAUCAUGGAGAAUCCUGCCUGAAGCUGAAGGUCCACGUCACCGGCAAAACCACUCAGCAGCCGGCGACCAAUGUCCACAGCCCGGGGGCCCGAGCUGCAGCAGAUGACCCCGCGGUGGCCCUUCCUGAUGUCCUGAGGAGCGUCGCCCACAACUCUGCCCCUCAGUCGCCCUCCCUCGCCCUCUGUGGGCUCCUGCUGCCUUUGCUCUUCGCUCUCGGACUAUGAAGCAAUAUUCUGGGAGGUUGGCGGUGUACGCCGGAGCUAACGGACAGAUAAACCGAGUCAUGUGACCAAAGAGUGCCUCGUAGAUGCACAGAUGUAGCCAAAGACGCCGCUGCCCGUGGAUACAGGACUGUACCGCAGGGGGCGGCAUUUCAGCAGAGUCUCGCUGGAAGGGAUCUGCGCCCCUGGAAAUCUCUAUGAGAUGGUGGACAAGGUGGGCGGCGGCAGCCCCCGCUGACAGUAUUGGCCUCGCUGAGGGCCCCCACCCUGUAGGGUAGCCUUAUGUAAAUAUGUAAAUGAUAGAGCUAUAUUAGUGAGGCGGGAGCGCCACCCUCUGGGCACCCGCUGUAUAUAUAUGUACAGGAGACGCUUUAUACCUUUUUAUAUCUUCUCUAAUAAAAUCUACAAGUUCA